AUGGACGCAAUCUCCCUGCUUUUUCCAUCCCAGCCUUUGGAGUUGAAGAGUUUGGACCAGCCCUGGUGGGUCACACCCAGCCACGCGCUGCUCCCGGGGAGUCUCAAUCGAGUGGUCUCUUGCUUGACGUCGACAGAGUCCGAGGAUGGUUCAGAUGAAAGCUUAAGCAGUGGAGAUUUCAGUCGAUUGGAGCUGAUUCCUCCUGAGUGCGCACCGUCCAACGUGAGCCCAAGGGCUCCGCCGGGCCUAACGAAACCGGAUUGUCUUAUUCCCCUCCCAACUGGUCUGCUGGGCGGGACACGCUUGUUAGAUGCCAAGCCCAUGCCACCUCCAAUGAAUGAGGGUGAAAGGAAGCGACGCUGCUUCAAUUUUGCUGUUGUCUUCCAUGGCUACGAUCUGGAGAAGCAUGCAGAGUUUGAGCUGGUGCCUCGUUUGAUCGGCCGCCGUGGCUGCAACAUGGCCCCCAUCUAUCAAACCGGUGCCGGAGCACGAGUUCGCGGCCGUGGCAGCGGCUACAAGGAAGUGAAGACACCCGAUGGUGAGUUCGAGAAGGACGAGACGUUGCGGUUGGCUGUUUCUUGCCGCACGAAGGAAAUCAGGGAGAACGCCUUGUACGAGACAAUGACCCUGGUGAGGGACAUUGCGAAUCACUUCCGCCGCUUCUGCCGCAAGAAGAAGCUGAGAUGUUCCGAACUGUAUGUGGUUCAGUGA